CAUGAAGUGCGAUUUGUUACGUAUAUAGUGUACGUGUGUAGUUACAGACUAGUUUCAUGUAUUUGGAAGAAAGAGAAGUUAUUAUUUCUUCUUGUUCAGCGCGACAAAAAGUGAAAUGAAGUUUGUUUGCAAUACGAUCGUAGUAUAGCGGUUCCGAGUUCAGGUGAAUGACCUAUAGGAACGGAAACUUAUUCUGUUACGGCUCUCAGCUAAAAAUCCCAUCGUGUGUAAGAAGAAAUAUCAUUCACACCUCAAAAGCUUAUACACAAUAAUAAAGGUGCAUACAUAGAAGAGCUUGAAGAAACUCAUGAAUAUCCGAGAAAGACACUGAAUCAGGAGGAAGGCCCAGUUGGAUACAAAUUGCCUGACUGCUCAGAUUAUUAAGUGGUGAAAGAAUUUCAGAUAAGGAGGCAACAAGAACUUUUAAAGUAAAAUGAAUACACAUCAGAGAAUGCUGCCACAGCAGUAUUGUUUGAGGUGGAAGUACCACCACAACAAUCUGCAAGUCAUGUUCAGCCAACUGCUAGAGCGUGAAAGUUUUUGCGAUGUGACCCUUGCAUGUGAGGGCCGAACUUUGCGUGCUCACAAGGUUGUGCUGUCAGCAUGUAGUACAUACUUCGAUACAAUAUUUUCUCAGUACGAAGAAAAGAAUCCUAUUGUGAUUUUGAAGGAUGUUAAGUUUGCAGAUAUACGAGCACUUGUUGAAUUUAUGUAUCGUGGAGAAAUCAACAUAGAUCAUUCCCAUUUGGCUAGUUUACUAAAAGCCGCAGAAGACUUGAGAAUUAAAGGCUUGGCAGAGGUUUCCUGGCGAUCUGAAACCCAAGCAAAUCAAUCUGUAGAGGAGAAUGUGAACAAUACUGACACCCGAUCAUCACAAAUGGACACAGUGGUUAGUGAUAAUGAAGUUGAACCACCACUGAAAAGGAGGAGAGGUCGUCCUCCCAUGGAUGCAAGCAGUCCUGUCUUCCAUCCAAAAGUGACAAGCGUGUCAAGUGUUGUCACCAAUGAAGCAACUUUUAGAGACAGAACUGGGACAUCUGAUGCAGAAAAUGAAACUUCAGCUUGGGAUGAAGCAGAAAAUGAGGUGAUUAAUUGUGAUACUUCAGCAGAAGCUACUCCAGCUGCAUCUUCAGUGAGUGUCCAAAGUUAUUCAACACUUCUCUCGCACCUCGCCAAGGGCACCCCGACCCCAUCACAGGAAAGUUUUGCUGAACCUGAGGAGAAAGAAAAGUUAAAGCCUACGUCAUACUCAGAUGGUGCACCAGUUACGACAACACCUUCAAGUGGCAUAACAAGUCAGAUAGCAGAGCAGUACAGGGAUGUCAUCAAAUUAAAUGACUACCUGACAACAGGAAGGCGGCAGCAGUUUUGGGAGGAGCCAUUCACAAGGCGGAUAAUGGAUGCUAUAAAGAGCAAAGAAUUGGAAAUGAAGACUGGUGCUGAAUUACUUGGUGUGUCGUACGGCACCUUGUAUGGGCGGUAUAGAGAUGCUUAUGGUUGUCUGAAACAUCCUUACCGUGUUAGAGAUUUCUGGUCAGAAUCUGGUCCUGCUGACGUUCUAGCUAAAGUGCAGAGGAAAGAAAUCACACUGUUUCGAGCAGCAGAGAUGUUAAAUGUGACAGUGACGACUCUUGCAAACUACCUUUCUACAUUGCGCCAAUAUGAAGGAGAUGAAAGCCUUGAUGAUGCAAGAGAUCACGAUGACAUGUUUGGAGAUACAUAUAAAACACCAGUUAAGAAAUUUACGUCAGCUCUUGAAAAUAAUCCUGAUAUCACUAUUGUGAAACAGGAACCACCAGGGACAAUGAUGAACCAUGAACCGAUUGAUAAUGAUAGUGCCCUUCCUUCAGUUGGAACAAAUGAUGCAGACCAUUCCGACACAAAAACUGUUGGUAGCCAUCUACCAACAAAUGGAGUAGAUGACGAGGGAGGUGAAUAGAUAUUAACUGUUUGAUUCCUCAAGGCUCUAACAGUACAGAACAUUCCUGAAAUGAAAUCAGCUUCUUCAAAGAUGCCAUCACACCUUUUUUCUACAUUUUCUGAUAUUUGUAUGAAGAAAAUUGUAUUUAAGUGAUGGUUACUCGGGAAUGUGGUACAAAUAGUUCUAAAUUGAUGUAGCCAUGUGACUGUAAUACAAGAAAUUACUGCUGUAUGAUAGAACUGGGAUAACCUUUUGAAGUCCAGUGGUUUUGUUUAUUUUUAUUGCAAUGGAUUUGACUGGCAGAUGUAAAACAUACAGAACUGGAUCCGCACUCCUCUUUUGUAUCUCAACACAGACUGAGAAAAGGGACACAUUUAUGUGAUGUGUGACUGGUAUUCAGAGUUUUGUGCAAUCAGUUGUUCUCUUUGUAGACUGCAAUGAACUGACUGUGUUAACAGCCACAUUGUCUAUGCUUUGUAGACAGUCUCUUAAUUUUAUUUUACUUUUUUUUUAUUUAUUUCUGUUUUGUACUGAGGAAUGUUUACUGAGUAAAUGAUAUUGAAUGAAAUGAUCUAGCGAUAUUGUUGACAGAAUAUUUAAUGUUAAGGAAGAUAUGGUAAAAGCCUAUUAUAAUGCAGCUUUCUAUUUCUCACAGUGUGCAUUGUAAUAGACAUAUUUCAAUUAAAACUGAU